AUGUAAGUUAAUAAAUAGAAGUGUAUGUUUUGUGAGAAGCUAUCAACAGAUGGAUCUUUUCACUUUAUUCUGAAAAGAGCUCUCUAUUGCAAAUACUCUCAAUCUCAGAUUCUGAUAUUUUCAAAGGACAUCAAUGAUAUCCUAGAUGAUAAUCCAACAAAAUGCACUAUUCAUUAUAAAGAUCACUUGCAUUUCAAUGACUAAACUGAAUACAUGAGAAGAUUUUAUCGUUUUUUUGAGAGUGAUGAUCGAUUGCCAUCUCUAUUUGAGUAUUAUAAAUACCAUAUCAAUAUUCCUCGAAACUUUUACUCCAAAAUCAUCAAUAAACGCAUGGAAAAGAAUAGAGAACUUCGUUAUUAAAAGAUCAAAUAAGAACUAGGUCUUCACUAAGAAAUUACAAAUUAAACAUCUCCAAAAAAGAAGGACACUUCUGAAGAUUAAUCUGUAAGUCAAAUGAAGAAUCUCCUCAAAGAUCUUAAAAUUGAAUCAACCCAAACUGAUGUCUCUAGAGUAAGCAAUACAACUAUAUUGAAAGAUCUAGUUAAGAUGAUUGGCAAUAAUACAGAAAAAACAAAGCCUUUUUAAAUCUUUAAUUAUAAUAAACUAAUAUAAAAACAAAUCAAUCCCUUAAUUGAAGCUUAAAAAUUGUAGUUAAAGAAACUAGAACCAACUCAUAACAACGAAAACACAAUAAAACAUAUUAAAUAGGCUUCACUUACUGAUAGAAAUCCUAAAUCUAAUUUAUUAUCUAGACAUUCAUCCCAUUCCAAAAUUAAGGUUGAAGUCAAACCAAUCAAAAGACCCCCUUAGCUGAAGCAAAGACAGGCAUCUUUAGGCAAUAUUGAAAUUACUAAAUCAUGUCAAACGACUGCCAGAAACAAUCCGUAAUAAAACGAAUUACUCUUGGAAUUGGCUAAGAAAGUGUUUUCAACCAAAAUAGCCUUAAAUAAUAAUGUUCUCACCAAAAAGAAGUCCAAUUAACAAUAAAACAAUAACUUUUUUGUUAAGGGGAGAUCAAAUAUCUAUGGAAGUUUGAAGAAUCUAGAAGAACUAAAGAGCUCUAUGAGAAGUCUAAAUGUUCAACGCAAAACUCCAAACAAAUUGAUUAAAUCCCAUUAAGGCACUCCAAAUUAGAAAAAAAAAUGA